UCACAAACAAGCAGUAAUCAGUGGCUGGGAUACUUCGCCCCGCUCCUUUCUUAUUUCCUUUUCCCCUGAGAACGGUGCUGUUCAAGUUGUUUUGAAAUUUGGCCUGAAAAUGGGGCAAUAUUUUGGACUUUUAACCUUGUUCCAGAGAAUACAAAGGCUGCUCACUGGUCGAUUAGGAUCGACAGAAAACGGGCGUGGUCUGGAGUGAUUACGUCACACUUAUUCUAUUCCCUCUCUUUUACACUCCGUCAUUCUUUGCUGCUAUAUUUUAACGUGAGCUUGCAUAUAUGGUGCAAAGAGACGAUCAUUUUUUUUUUUUGCUUAUCUCACUAUAAGCUAUAAUAUACUAUUUAGGCAUGGAAUGUGAGCAAAUAAAACAAAUAUAUUCAGGACAAAAAUGUGAAGUGAAAAGACAAUAGAUGCAUGAUUGUAUAAACUGACUGGUUGAGAAGGAGCGAUCUGAACUGCGUGUCACGUAAGAGACGUUUUUGAGGAACUACGCUGGACUAAUGGGGGCCAGGGAAUCUGAGUUGUAAAUCUACACCUUUACUGAAGGAAAUCUACGGAACCGGCGAAGUUCGGAGAAAUGGUGCUGGAACAGUAGUUGGUGUGGUAGCGAGACAAAUCUCAGAUAUAGGCUAGGACUCUCGGACAAUGAACCUUGAGAAUAUCAUGUUAGUUCGAUGACUUUCAUGCCAAGUGUGUACAUACUGGCACCACAUUGACGAUUCACCACGUUAACUGUAAUUAAGCCACGUGGAACAACGAACACGAUCCGCCAUAUUGGAUUGAGGGAGAAAAGGUGUGCAGUUAUAGUGUGUGCGCGCAGUGUGUAAUUCAAUGUGAUUUAUGAUACUAGCCUGUGCCAGUUGCCAAUGUGAGUCAAGCUGCCUAUUUUGCUCAGUAUUCGUCCGCUGCACUUGUCAAUUCCUCGGAGGACAACGUGUUCAACAUUUAGAUAUAAUUCUUUCAUUAUUCACGCAUGGCACUAGUUACCUCCUCAGAUAUUAACGUCUAUAGUCUAAUUCUGCUACGGUUGGGUCGUGCUUCAGGCAUAUCGAGCUGAACCUCCAGCCUGUGCACCCGCUAAAAUCAAACAGUUGAUUGGCUAGAGAUAUGUGUAUCAUUCAAUUCCAUAUUUUCUGGUAUAAGAUGCAAACACGUGUUAAGAUAUGACACGAAAGAAAGACAACGUAAAACUCGAGUAGGAGGGGAAUGUGGCGUCAUAACCGUUUUUUAUAUUCUCAACCUACUGCCCACUGUCGUUUUCUUUCUUGAAUUUUGUUUGCUCGCUGAUGGCUCCACAAGUGAUCAGUAACCAAGGAGCCAAGUAGUGCCUUAUUGAUAUCGAUGUUGUUAAACUGUGAUUUAUAUUAGAAGAGGUUGACAAAGUUCAGAAGGUGCAUGAAUUGCAGGAUUUAGAGAAGUGAUGAAUAACUGGCCUGUACAUAGAUCUCAUGAUAAGCAAACAGAGACACACUUCAGAUUCUGCAGGCCACCCAAGACUUCAAAACCAAGGAAAGGAUGCUUAUGCCUUUGAACUCUGUUUAACUAAAAUAUAGAUGUGAAAAAACAAAGAAGAGGACAUGACAACAGAGGUAUCCACUCAGUCCAUUCAUCCAGACCAGGAAAAUGCGGCUAUGCGUAGGUAUCGCAGCCGCGUUGACCAUAGUUAUUCCUCUAUUAUACCAAGCCAUACCGACCGAGCACAAGUACAAGCCUGUAAGUUUGCUCCAUGAUGACGCUUUCUUAAGAAUGAAAGGUUGGAUGAAUCGCACACCUGCCUGGACGGCUUUCCGCGACAGGACCUUCGAGCCACUUCUUGAGGCUUUCCGGAAGGCGGCGCACAACUCUAAGGGACCGACGCCAGAUUUCAGGAACGGUGCCAUCCCCAAGUUCCUGCUGUGGUCGGAGCCCUUCGAUGCCAACUUCUGGACGGCCCAGACCGAUGACGUGUGCAAAGGGCGAUGCCCGCUUCCUUGCGACGUUACCUUCGACCUAAAGGAGGUGAAGAGAGCGGACGCCGUGCUCAUUUACAUCCGGUCUCUGCCGAAGCGCCCCCUGCAGCUGCCGGAGCUCGAACCCCGCGACCCCCGGCAACCAUGGAUCGCGCUCAGCUUCGAGGCGCCUCCGAGAGCCAACAAGAACUUCUACGACGACUUCCACCUCCUCAACGGCGCCUUCAACCGCACCAUGCUCUACCGGCGCGACGCUGAUGUGGUCGUGCCGCACGGCUUCGUGGUCGGGCGCGGCGAGGAGGCGGACCUUCUGCCAAAGAUAUGGCAUGGCCCGCCUAUCGCUAGGGUCCCCUCCCGUGAGCGCAAAAUGGCGGUCACUUUUAUUUCGAACUGCGAAGCUGAAAGCGGCCGCUUGGAAUAUAUACAUAAAGUGCAACAAUACAUUUCUGUUGACAUUUAUGGAAAGUGCGGCCCCCUCAAGUGCGGCCACUCAAUGUACGUCCAACACAGAUACAGCCCCGUCAAAGACAAGUGCCUAAUGAAUGCUGGCAUGAACUACCUCUUUUACUUCGCCUUCGAAAACUCUUUGUGUAACGAGUACGUCACAGAAAAACUCUACAACAUACUGUACUAUCCCAUAGUGCCAGUGGUUCUCGGAGCAGCAAAUUAUUCCACUUUGCUUCCACCCAAUUCAUUCAUUGAUGCUCGGAGGUUCUCGCCCAUACAGCUAGCGACUUUGCUCCGACGUCUGUCGCAGUCACCAAAGGAGUACCAGAAGUACCACGAGUGGCGCCAGCAUUACCACGUAUCCCUGUGGGGGGGACAAAGAACCCUGUGCCACCUGUGCGUCCGCCUGCACGACCCCGCCUUCUACAGCACCCACGUUAUCAGCGAUUUCCAGGGCUGGUUUGUUAAUGAAUCUCGAUGCGGGUGGAAGUAACAGGGCGGAAGUUUGCUUGAUCGAAUUUCUGACAGAUUAUAUUCUCAGCGCAGGUUGUCAGUUCUGUUGCUGGCGAAGAUGGAUUUGUUUCUGUACAAUUUAUACGCUUGUGUAUGUAUGCAUUACGGGCAGGCAAAUAGAGAGACACAGACAAACAGACAGACGAAAAGAGAGACAAAGACAGGUGGCCGGUUUGUUAAAAUUGCUAGACAUACAC